AUGGGCGUCGGAGGCAGCAAUGACACCACGACCGUAUCCGAUUCCACAUCGCUGCCCAAAGAAGGCUUAAUCACACCAGCACCUCCAACAGGGUAUUCUUCGCCAAAUUCCGGGGAAGCUGGCGCCUUGCCCCCCUUACCCAAGGCGGUAGCCACAUCGCAGGAAACGCCCUUCAGAGAAAGUACCAACACCACCACAGCCACCGACAAUACCAACAAAACUUCACAGGAAUCCUCCCUGGCCAACUCAGAGUCAGUGUCAGGGAGCGAAGCUUCAGACGAACGCUGGACGGCCGAAGGUUCCAUUGAUCUUUACUGCAAAAGGACUGGACAAUCUCACGCAGUACUCACCUCAUUUGGCUUCUGGAAUUGUCCAAAAUGUGAUCAAUCAUUGCGUCCACCCCCAUUCAAAAAAGACGACAAAAGCAAUAGCUCUAGUGGCAAGACACAGUCGGCCCAGAGUGAAUCGGACAACUUUUCGUACUACGUUCGAUAUGUGGAUGAAGAGCAUCAGCCGAUUUGUUCUGAACAGUGGCAGGGGCCAUUUGAUCUCAACGAGGCCAGGAAGGGUGUUCUCUCACAAAUCAAGACAAAACCUACUCUCAGGGUCGAGACCGUAUUGGAAACCUCCAUACUUGCCAACAAACAUCGGGACUAUUGGGAGAUUGAGCAAAUCAAGAAAGACGGGAUUCUUGAUAAUCCACUUGUGGAUGUAGCCGUUGGCAGGAUCUUGGUCACGGUUAUCGAUCCGAAAGCUGGUCCCUAUUACCCUUCGCGGGAUCUUCAAGGGAGGACUCUGGAAUUAGGCCGGCAUAACGAUUUGGUGUGGCUUCACUUGGACGGUUUCGAGAGGUAUAUUGAGCAGCCGGAUGAAGAUAACGUCACACGACUUGCAAAACCACAUCUACGACGGCUCUUGGCGCUCGUAGAGAACAUCAAUGGCCAAGGGGUCGCCGAUGAGAAAGCCCGUCAUGCCAGAGGGAUGUGUACCUAUGACAUGGUGUGGCUUCUAUACAAACCGGGAAUUACCGUUUAUCUGGAGUCGCACGGGAGUCUUGCAGCCUUUGUCAUCAUUGAUUGUGAGUAUCAUGACGCCAGGACAGAAAUCCUCGAGGAUAGGAUAGUCACACUCCCGAGAGGAUGGACAGUAGGACUAUGGAACCUGGACUACGACGGGAGCUAUGUCGGAAGGAGAGCUCGAGGUGUGUACUUACCCCCUUUUGAGGGAGAGCGCAGGAUCACCGACCUCAACAUCAUCCCUUCUAAAUACAAGGAUGAGGAAGAUGGGGGAAAGCUCCGGGAAGCACUGAUAAAAGAUGGAAAAAGAUGGUUCGAGCUUCUUCGUGGGAAACAGGUCUCAUAUUCCGGUCGCCUGCUGGACGACAGGAAACGUGAGUUCCAAGGUCGCGUCUACGUUGAUACUGCUUCCUAUUACAACAUUGAAAGCGCAAGCCUUGCCAGUAAUGCCUCUCAAAAUGGAGACGAUACGGCCGAGACGGACAAGGGCAGAAAGAAGAAGGAAAGUUCACGAGAGGCUACCUUCCAUCGUCCCCCCGUUCUUGGAGAUAUCGACGACAUGGGCCGUGGCUUAGCAAAGUGCCCCUGUGAAGAGUGUCACGGAUUCCGACCGCACCCACCUCCGAGAUUCCCUUGGACCGAUUACGACCUUUUGAACCCUCAUAAGUUGGAGGUAUCGGAUCUCAGAUUGCCUAGUCAUGUCCCAGAUCCAGAGCACAGAUAUCUCUUGUGCAAUCGAAGGCUCUUCGGCUUUGACUUGAGAUCUAGAAACUGGCUGAUGGUUGACGCGCGCUUCUGCAAGGACCUCAAGAGGAACACGACGGCAAUCAACACGCUGGUUCUCCAAGAGGAGACGAAGAACAUGAUCAAAGCUCUCAUCCAGAAAUACUCUGGUGAUGCGAAAGGGCCUGGAGCUCCUGCGGCCGCUUGGAGAGCUGACCACAUUGAGAACAAAGGCGAAGGCCAAAUCUUCCUACUUCACGGAAGCCCCGGCGUUGGGAAAACAUUUUACACUGGGAGGCCGCUGCUCUCGCUCACGUGCGCAGACAUCGGAACCGAAGAUGUCAGCAUGGAAAAGAGGCUGCUGAAGUGGUUCCAGCUGGCAGAGAAAUGGGGAGCAGUCAUGCUCAUCGACGAGGCCGACGUGUUUCUAGAGAAGAGAGUAACGGCCGAUCUCAAGCGCAACAGCCUGGUAUCUGUGUUCCUCAGAUGCGUCGAGUACUACCGCGGUGUGCUCUUCCUGACGACCAACCGAGUCGGCCAAUUCGACGAUGCCUUCAUGUCGCGCAUUCACGUGGUAAUCCACUACAAGAGCCUAACACCCCAAGACAGGAAGAAGAUCUGGAGGCAGUUCUUCAAGAAGUUGUCUUCCGAACGUACCGAUUUUCGAAUCACUCGACGCGCACAGGAUUACGUGUUGGAGGAUAGGGAUAUCACGAGCAUGCCGUGGAACGGCCGAGAGAUUCGAAACGAAGACAAGGAUGAGAAUGACGUGCCGACACUCGAUCAGGAAGACUUUGAAGAGGUGUGCAAUAUGAUGAUCAAGUUCAAGGACUAUCUGAAGGAUCUUCACGGAAAGGAUGAGGACGAGCGAGCGCACAAUGAGUUUUCAAGAGGUCCCGCUUUUGGGCUGGAUGACUGA